AUGUAUCUCUGUCCUCCUCAGAUAAACCAAAAACACUCCAAUUCAACAGAGACCAUCAUUCAAGAUGAUAAGGUCAUGCUAGAUUGUACAGUGAAGGCAAACCCGGCUCCUAUGUACACAUGGGAUCAUCUAAAAGAGAAGAACAGCUCCUCAGUGCUCAAGUCCUCAGCACUCAGUCUAGGGAACUACACGUGCACCACCACAAACACUCUGGGAAGAGACAGCAAAGUGUUCAUCGUCAGAGAUGGCUGCCCCAUUUUGUUAAGUCCUCUUGAUGUGGUGGUUGAAUAUGGAGCUUCAUUUUCAGUGAACUGCUCCUACAGCGCCACACAUCAAUUUGGCUUGAGCUGGGAUGGAUUUGAUGGCACAGUGGAGGAGAGUGAAGAGAUCUUCAGAUUUGUGGAUAAAGCGACGGACUGGGAGACAAAUCUAACGUGUUACAUGUCCUCUAAUGAAACACAGUGUUCACAGGAUCUUCCAAUUACUAUUUACAAGACUCCAGACAGUGUGUUCAUCAGCACUGUGAAUCACAGAGGACCAAUGAUGGAGGGACAGCAGUAUGAGCUCCAGUGUGACGUUCACAAUGUGGCUCCUGUUCAGAAUCUCACUGUCAAAUGGUACAAAGGACAGACUCUGCUGCAUCAAACCAACUUCACUGACACCAUCAAGACUCCAGUGAAUGAAACUGUCACACUUCUGAUCGGUCCAGACAGAGCUGAUGAUGGAGCUCAAUACUGGUGUGAAGCAGAGCUGGAUCUGGGAGCAGAAGGACCUCAACCUCAUCCUACAAAUUCAUCAAAACCUCUCAGCAUUGCUGUAUAUUGUUAG